AUGUCAAACUCAUCAGAUCGCGCCCCAGUAGCAGACCAGGCCGAGGCUGACGCCUGGUUUCCGUCUCCAUACUCCCUCACACUGUAUACUUCUACGAAGACGGAUUUUGAUUCCGCCAACUAUCCAAAUGCAUAUACUGGCGGCAAGUGGAAGAUUCUCCUCAUCGCCACGCAGGAGCGAUACCUGAAGAUGGCGGAUGGCAAGUUUUUUUCGACGGGCAACCACCCAGUUGAAAUGCUUUUGCCGUUGCUCCACCUCGACGCCGCCGGCUUCGAGAUUGACAUAGCCACCAUCUCAGGAAACCCGGUGAAGCUCGAGAUGUGGGCGUUUCCGCAGGAGGACGAGGCUGUCAAGGGCAUCUAUGAGAAGUAUAAGGAGAAGAUUCGCAGCCCGCUCAACCUACAUGAUGUGUGGGGUAAGGGGUUCACAAAGGAUACGCCGUACAUUGGAACCUUCAUCCCUGGUGGCCACGGCGCGAUGAACGAUGUCCCAUUUUCGGAGACUGUUGGUAAGAUCCUGCGAUGGGGAGACGAGAAUCAGCGCUUCUUAAUUACACUCUGCCAUGGCCCGGCGGGCAUGCUUGCCGCCGAUGUUGGCAAGCCCAAAGGCAGCAAGUUCAUCUACGACGGCUACGAAAUUGUCGUCUUCCCCGAUUCGUUAGACACCAACGCAAACGUCGACAUAGGCUAUAUCCCUAGCAAAAUGCCAUGGUAUGUUGGCGAGAGACUUCGAAAGCUCGGCAUCAAGCUCCGAAACAAUAGCAUCACCGGCGAGACGCAUAGGGACCGAUAUGUUAUUACGGGAGACUCGCCGUUGGCAUCGAACAACCUCGGCAAGCUCGCCGCCAAUGCGCUCCUCGAGGACGUCGCCAAGCGUACAUAAACCAUUUAUAUACUAAUCCACCUACCUCAAGAAAUUCUCUGGAUUAGUCACAUGAAACUGUAACUAUAAAGACACAACGCCAACAACCAAAUUAUUUUCUUAUAUCUCAC